AUGGGUAACCCCAUAAGAACGAUACAAAAUGAAAAUGCAACUAACAAAUUAACACAUCUAUGUAGUGAUUUUUUUCCAAGUUUUAGUAACGAUGCGAGUUCUUUUCCAUUUUGUAAUUAUUGCCAACUUGUUACUUAUUAUUUAAAACAUAUAAAAACAAAUGAACAUAUUUACGUAAAAGCAUGUUGUAAAUUUUUCUUUUACAAGCUCUGGGGUCUAAUGAAAAAAUAUCAAUGCAUGAAACAUAUGAUAAAUUAUAUGAAUUCAAAAUAUACGAACAUCCGGUCUAUUCUAAAUAUGAAAAAUUUAGGGAUGGGAUGA